GAGGCAGGUGCUCAGAGCCCCGCAGCCCGGCCCCGCGCGGCGCCCGCGACGGUGAGACUCGUGCUCGGGACCCGCUUCUCCCCGUCAGCCUGCUCCAUCCCGACAGCGUCCACCCCAUGGCGCGGCUCCUGAGCCUCUGCACCUGGCUGCUGGCGCUGGGCCCCGGCCUCCUGGCCUCCAUGAAGUCGGAAUGCACCCAGGACUGCGCGACGUGCAGCUACCACCUAGUGCGCCCCGGCGACAUCGACUUCCUGGCUUGCAUGCUGGAAUGUGAAGGCCAUCUGCCCUCUUUCAAAAUCUGGGAGGCCUGUAAGGAGCUCCUACAGGUCAAGACAUCUGAGUUCCCUCAAGAAAUCACCCACCCGCUCACAGAAAGCAGCAAGCAGGAUGAGGGCCACUUGCUGGCCAAAAAGUAUGGGGGGUUCAUGAAGAGGUACGGAGGUUUCAUGAAGAAGAUGGAUGAGCUUUAUCCUGCAGAGCCGGAGGAAGAGGGCAAUGGAGGGGAAAUCCUUGCCAAGAGGUAUGGCGGCUUCAUGAAGAAGGAUGCCGAAGAGGGGGAUGCCCUGGCCAAUUCCUCCGAUCUGCUGAGAGAGCUGCUGGGCACAGGAGACAACCCCGAGCAAGAGAACCACCACCUGGAGAGCAGUGACAACCAGGAGGACCUGAGCAAGAGAUACGGGGGCUUCAUGAGAGGCCUCCGGAGAAGCCCCCAGCUGGAAGAUGAUGCCAAGGAGCUGCAGAAACGCUACGGAGGCUUCAUGAGAAGGGUGGGCCGCCCUGAGUGGUGGAUGGAUUACCAGAAACGAUACGGGGGCUUCCUCAAGCGCUUCGCUGAGUCCCUGCCUUCUGACGAAGAAGGAGAAAGUUACUCCAAAGAAGUUCCCGAGGUGGGAAAAAGAUAUGGAGGAUUUAUGCGAUUUUAAAUACCCUUUCCUAGCAGUAGCCCGGCCCUCCCCAGCCUCCCCGCGGUCCCAGUGAGCAGCUGCUCUCUCAUGGCAUAUAGCUGUCCUGUGUGGCUUGCACUGUGUCGUUGCCCUCGUGGUCUGCAUAAUUAGGCAGCCUGAAUGCUGUCAUUUCCGUCUGUGUCCUCUUGCCAGUCUUUAAGCUCAAUCCUGCUAGAAUAGUUUUUGGUCCCCUUAUACCUGUUUUUGACAAAGCAUCAGCAAAUGCUUCCUUGUAUAUAGACAUAAU